UUUGCAGUGGUAGCACUGCUUCCUGUCAAGAGCAACUCUGACAUGGUCCUUCUGUAAAGACUCUCCACCUCCUCCUCCUCGUUUCUUUCAAACACUCAAUACAUUUAGAGACUGAUCUUGUGCAGAAAAUAUCCCUGACAUUUGAAGAGCUCCAGGGAUUCAGUGAGCAUGCUCAGUGCUCUCUGCCUGAUAGAAAGAGGAAGCUAGUUUACAUACGACUCAUACCAAGCAUAGCCUGCAUGUCAGUGCAGUUAACUUGCAGCGGGCUGUGAGGAGAACUAGCUUGUCUUUGUCCUAGGACAUUUCUCUAAUUUUUCCCCCACUCUUAAAUAUCCAGAAAGAUUUGCAAAGUUUUUUUUUAAAUGGUUUUCUUUGUAGGUGUGGGACAAAAUACACUCUAAACUCAGUCUCUGAAAUCCUGGAAAGGUUCCUCCCUUCCCAUCCAACUUUCCUUAAUAUACUUUAUUUUGAUUAAUCAAAGGCUGGGCCUUGAGCUUGUGAAGUUUAGAAAAGAGCCAGGAGCUAGUCAGGCAGCGUUUGUCCCGCGUCCUUCUCCCUGUUUCUGGGCAAAAGCAAAGAAGCUGGUCUUUUUUGUUAGCCCGAUAAAUGCUAUUUAUGAAGAUGGACCUGUUGAACUACCAAUACUUGGACAAGAUGAACAACAAUAUUAGCAUGCUGUGCUAUGAAGGUGAAGCUGCUCUAAGAGGUGAGCCCAGAAUGCAGUCUCUUCCAGUAUCCUCUGCUCUAACCAACCAUCGAACAGGCCCUCCUCCCAUCAGCCCCAACAAGAGAAAGUUCAGCAUGGACCAAGGGGAAGAUGAGCUAGACUGUGAAAAUGAACAUGUCUCUAAAAUGAGUCGAAUGUUCAACCCACACCUAAACAAGACUGCCAAUGGGGAUUAUCGAAAGGAGCACAGAGACAGGAGUCGCAGUCCAAUAGAACGGGCUGCUGCCCCAACAAUGAGCCUUCAUGCCAAUCACAUGUAUGCCUCAAUCCCAAGCUUGACCAUGGAUCAACCUCUAGCACUGACCAAAAACAGCAUGGAUGCAACACGAACAGUCAGCAUGACACCUGCGCUGACUUCUGUGGAACGGCAGCAGAACCGUCCGUCUGUAAUCACAUGUGCCUCUGCAAACAACCGUAACUGUAACCUCUCCCACUGCCCCAUCGCCCACAGUAGCUGUGGUUCAGCCAUGCCAGCAAGUUAUAGAAGACCAUCGAGCACUACCACUGCCUGUGAUCCAGUGGUGGAAGAGCACUUCCGCAGAAGCCUUGGCAAGAAUUACAAGGAGCCUGAGCCAGUGGCAAACUCUGUGUCCAUCACAGGAUCAGUUGAUGACCACUUUGCCAAAGCACUUGGGGAUACAUGGCUUCAGAUUAAAGCCGCAAAGGAUGGAGUGUCCAGCAGUCCUGAGUCUGCCUCAAGGCGGGGCCAAUCUUCCCCUUCUUCCCACAUGGUCAAUCAUAAUCAUUCACCCUCUGUAGUCUCAUGAAGAGAGCAGAUCAUCAAACUUCUGAAUUUGCAUGGUUUGACUGAGCUUUGAAUAGUGUUGGGGUGAGGGGAGAUUAGUUUUCAACACGUUUUUGUGUACUUGUUUGGUAUUUGUACAAGGGUGCCCUUAAAGAUGAUAGCAGGAACUAUUUGAUAAAGAUCUAUAUGAUGUAGCAUCCUUUUUUUUCCUGCCUCAGUUACCAAAGAAACCUCUGAUGCAAGCAUCUGCUACCCCUUUAAAAAAAAAAAAGCAUGCUAAUCCACAAAAAAGCCAUUACACACAGUUGGUUGACCCAAAUGCUUUUGCUUCUAUUAGCUUCUUGACACUACAAUUUGCCUGGUUUGCUUCCAUUCCCCCCCGUGAAGUAAUUUUGUAUGUAUAUACUUGAAAAGAACUGUCAUGUAUGAUUUGCACUAUUGGAGGAGGACUAAAGUUGCAUGGCAACUUUAUGCAUGAUGCUAAUAUCCUGAAGGCAAACUGCUG